CGGUGGCUGGAGGGGGCUCAGGGUUGCAACAUUUAUGGUAUAUAAGAGAAAUAUAAGCCAGAAGGAACGUAUUCUAACCACAGUUAACAACAUGGUCUUUAAGGUAGUCCUUUCCCUUGCCUUAGUGGCUCUUGCCCAUGCUGGUGGCCCAGCUCAUUACAGGACCGCCAGUGGUGCCGUUGGUGUCUUGGACGGAUCUCUCGGCCAAACACACGAAGAAACCCAAAAGGGUUAUGCCGGAGACUCAGUCUCUCAAUUCACUAGCAACGUUCAAGGAGCUCACUCAUACAGCACCAACUCUUUCUCAAGGACCACCAACGGAGGAGUUGCCGUCGGCGCCCCAGCUGUCGCCGCCGUCAGGACUGUCGGCCCCGCCGUAUCCUACGCCACCCCUGCCGUCGCCGCUCUUAGAGGAGCUUCCUUCAACCAUCUCGGUUACUCUUCCGGCCUUGGCCUCUCCAGCGGUCUCGGCUAUGGUUCCGGAGUUAGAUACGGUGCCGGUCUCGGCUAUGGUUCCGGAUUGAGAUACGGUUCCGGUCUCGGCUAUGGUUCCGGAUUGAGAUACGGUUCCGGUCUCGGCUAUGGUUCCGGAUUGAGCUACGGUGCCGGUCUCGGCUAUGGUUCCGGAUUGAGGUACGGUGCCGGUCUCGGCUAUGGUUCCGGAGUCAGCUACGGUGCCGGUCUCGGUUACACCGCUGUCAGUCCUGCUGUGACCACUGUUCACGCUGCUCCUGCUGUGACCACCGUCCACGCCGCCCCCGCUGUCGCCUCUCUCAGGUCAUCUACUUACCACGGUAGCGGAUACACCGGUGCCGGCUACGCUUCUGCCGCCCCACUUGUCUCUGGCUUAAGGACUUCUUCCGUUUCCUACUCCUCCCCCGCUGUCACAACCGUACACGCUGCCCCAGCCGUCGCCGCCGUCAGGACCGUCGCCCCCGCUGUUUCCUACGCUGCCCCCGCCGUUUCCUACGCAGCCCCCGCUGUCGCCUCUGUCAGGUCUUCUACUUACCACGGUAACGGAUACACCGGUGCUAGCUACGCUGCCCCAGCCGUCUCCGCCGUCAGGACCGUCGCCCCAGCUGUUUCCUACGCCGCCCCCGCCGUAUCUUACGCCGCCCCCGCUGUUUCUUACGCCGCCCCCGCUGUCGCCUCUGUCAGGUCAUCUACUUACCAUGGUAACGGAUACACUGGUGCCAGCUACGCCGCCCCUGCCGUCGCUGCCGUCAGAACUUCUUCCGUUUCCUACUCUUCCCCCGCUGUCACCACUGUCCACGCUGCCCCAGCAGUCGCCGCCGUCAGGACAGUCACUCCCGCUGUUUCCUACGCUGCACCCGCUGUUGCCUCUGUCAGGUCCUCUUCCUACCACGGUAACGGAUACACCGGUGUCGGCUAUGGCGCUGUUGCCCCUGCUGUCUCCUAUGCUGCCCCUGCCGUCGCUGCCGUCAGGAACGUCACACCCGCUGUUUCCUACUCAGCUCCAGCUGUCACCACCGUCCACGCCGCACCAGCCGUCGCCGCCGUCAGGACCGUCGCCCCCGCUGUAUCCUACGCUGCUCCCGCUGUAGCCUCUGUCAGGUCCUCUUCCUACCACGGUAACGGAUACACCGGUGUCGGCUAUGGCGCUGUUGCCCCCGCUGUCUCCUAUGCCGCCCCUGCCGUCGCUGCCGUCAGGACCGUCUCCACUCCAGCUGUCUCCUAUGCAGCUCCCGCUGUCACCACCGUGCACGCCACCCCCGCUUUCUCAUACGGAGCCCCCGCCUUCAGAACGGUGUCUGCCGGCCCUGCUGUAAACACAUACUCUUCUUCUUCUUACCUCGGUAACGCUUACGGCGGUCUUGGAUACGCCGCCCACGUCUCUCCAGUCGCCGUCGGUUACUCAGCUCCCUCAGUCAGGACUUACUCUACUGCUACUCCCCUCUUCAAGAGCUACGCCGCCGCCCCUGCCCUCACAACCUACGCCGCCCACUCUGCUCCUCUCGCCGUAGGCUUUUCCGCUGCUCCUUCAGUGAGCCACGCUACUUUCUCCUCCCUCGGAUCCAGCUACUCCUUUUAAACAAUCCUUUCCCACAAAACCCCUUAAAGCCAUGUGUUUUUUGUUUUUGUAUAAAAGGUUUAUACCCAGUUGUUAGGGUAUUGAAUAAAUUAUUUGUUUCAAAUUAA